AUGACUUUAUUAAGUGAUUCGUGCUAUACAGGUAAUCAGCUUAAAAGUAUUACUGAUAGAUAUGCUGAUAUCAUUAUUAAAGCAGAAGCUGAAAUUAUCUGUGGUGAAAGUGCUAAUGUUUAUUGUGCCAAUGGUGUCACAAACAUUCUUAAAACAUUUUCAUUUCAAUCUGGCUCGAAAUUACGCGAAAUUCAGCAAUUUUCAUUUUAUAAUUGUAUUGCAUUAUUGUCAAUUGACCUUUCAAGCUGCAGUUUACUUACCACUAUUGGAAAUCAAGCAUUCUCUGGCUGUACAAAUGUUACUACCUUAAAAUUACCAGAUAGUGUUCAAAGUAUUGGAGAAAAAUGCUUUCAAAAGCUGAAAAUUACUAGCGUUAAUUAUCCUCCCCUUAUUAAAAUUGCAAAUCAACAAUCAUUUUCAGAUAUAACAACAUUAACCACAAUAAAUUUUCCCUCAAACACGCAAUUAGCUACAAUCAGUAGUAAUGCAUUCUCUGGUUGUGGUUUGACAUCAUUUACUAUUCCAAAAACUGUUACUGAAUUCAAUGGACUUGCUUUUAGUCAAAUUUCUACAUUAAAAACAAUUCACGUUGAUCCUGCAAACGCAAAAUAUGCUAGUACAGGAACAGCAGUUUACAGUCCAAAUAACAUGAUUAUUUAUUACGUUGCAAGCGAUUCAGGAAGCGAAUUUACCAUUCCAGACACAGUUCAGUACAUUUGGCAAGCAGCAUUCUUUUCUUCAAAAUGCACUUCUGUCACGAUUCCAUCAGGUGUUAAAGAGAUCAAAAAUUAUUGCUUUGCAACAUCUAGUAUCCAAAGUUUAGUUAUUCCAGACAGCUGCACAGCAAUUGGAACACAAGCAUUUUAUGGCUGUAAAAGUUUAUCCUCUAUAACUCUUUCGAAAAAUAUAAAAAGCAUCCCAGAUUAUUGCUUUUUCCAGACAAAUUUAGCUGAAAUUAGAAUACCAGAUAGUGUGACUUAUAUAGGUAGUUCUGCCUUAGCAUAUUGUGCUAAUUUAGUUAAUGUUUAUCUCCCUAUUAAUAUUAGUUUAGGUGGAAGCGUAUUUGGUAGUUCUCCUAAAAUAAAUUUGAUUUUUAACGGAGAUUCUAUAAAACUUAAUGACCAAUAUAUUCUUAUUGAUAAGGAUGAAACAACAAUUUCUCAAUUUUUCGGAACAGAUGCAAUCAUAUACUUACCAUCAACUGUAAGAAGCAUCAAAUCACAAGCAUUUACAGGAAAGAACAUGAUCCAGAAAUUAAUUUGCAAUUCGACUUCUUCAAUUGAAGAGAUCGGAGAAUAUGCAUUUUCUGGCUGCUAUACUCUUGUUUCUAUACCAAAUUUCCCUAAUUUGAAAACAAUUGGGAAAUACGCUUUCUAUAUGACAGCUUUGAAAGAUAGAUUCUCUUUUGGCUCUCAACUAACAAGUCUAAACGAGUCUUGCUUUUAUGGAUGCAAAGCAAUUACUUCUGUUUCAUUUAGUUCAUCUUCUCCACUUUCAAUAGGAGACAGUUGUUUCAUGGAAUGCAGUAAUUUAGUAUCUGUUUCAUUCCCUACUUCAACAACAUUCACUUUGGGAAGCUCCGCAUUCGAAAACGAUGUUUCUUUGAAUGCUGUUUAUUUACCACUGAGUAUGCUUUUGAUGGGUGCUCGCUGCUUCUUUAAUACCGGAUUGACUAGUGUUACCUUUGAGAAUUCGAAAAUUAAUUCAGCAGAAAUUCCUUCUCAGUGGUUCUCUGAUUGCUCAAAGCUAACUGCUUUUGAAAUACCGACAAAUGCAGCGAGAUUAGGCGUUGAAUGUUUAAAGAAUACUUCGAUUACAAGUAUUACAAUUCCUGAUUCAUUAAUCACUUUGUCCAUGCAUUGCUUCUUGGAUUGCCAAAAUUUAGAAGAAAUUACUAUUCACGAUGAAUCAAAACUUAGUGAAAUUGAAUAUGGUGUUUUCGCAGGAUGUUUGAGGUUCAGAAAUAUUUCACAAUUUACAUCAGUAAACUUCCUUACAGAAAAUGGUAUUUUGUACAGCUCUGACAGAACAAAAUUAAUAGUUUAUCCACCGGCAUCUCCAAAUAAAUAUGUUGCAAUUUCAGAUAAAGUUCGAACAAUUAAACAAUCCACUUUCAUUGGUUGCGUUAAUAUUGAGUCAAUAAUGAUUCCUGAUAAUUCUGUUACUUCUAUUAAAAAUAAUGCAUUUGAAGGAUGCUCAAAUCUAAAAGUUUUUAACAUCCCUAAAUGCGUUAAUUCUAUUGGUGAGAAUGCCUUCUUAGGAUGCAACUCAUUAUCAUGUGGUAUUUUAUAUGAAAAUAAAACAAAACAAUUUAAAUUAGCAUUAAUCAACGCCGGUAUUAAUGCACGUGCGUUAGAAGCAUGCCAUGAAAUUACAUGCAAAGUCAGAAAUAGUAGAAGCUCUAUGAGUUUCUUUUAUCAUGUUUUUAUUCUGAUGUAUUUAUAA